AUGCCUGAGAGCAAGAUUCCUCAACCGGGUCCUGCCAAGCUUAAGCGCAAUGCGGGCCCUGACGAGUGGCUGGAGGCAGCGAAGGAUUGCAAGUAUCUAUCGGAGCCACAUAUGAAGCAGCUAUGUGAAAUCGUCAAGGAAUACAUGAUGGAGGAAUCAAAUAUCCAACCGGUAUCCACACCUGUCACAGUUUGUGGUGACAUCCACGGCCAAUUCUACGAUCUCUUGGAACUCUUUCGAGUUUCUGGGGGCAUGCCUGAUGGUACAGAACUGGAUCCCCCGAAGACAUCCCCCUCCGUGAUUACCUCCGCCGAUAUCGAACCCCCCUCCAGCAUCUCCGACCCUAAAAUUCGCAAGAAGCUUCGCGGUCCCAAUUUGAAUUCCAAUGACGAAGAUUCGAGUUCCCGAAGCCGAUCGUCCAGCGAUACAUCUGCAGAUCUACAGCUUAACCGGAACUUUGUAUUUCUGGGUGACUACGUGGACCGUGGAUACUUCAGUCUAGAGACGUUAACGCUUUUGCUCUGUCUCAAAGCAAAAUACCCCGAUCGAGUCACCCUGGUUCGUGGUAAUCACGAGUCGCGCCAAAUUACUCAGGUAUACGGCUUCUACGAAGAAUGCUUCCAAAAAUACGGCAGUGCUUCAGUAUGGAAGGCAUGUUGCCAGGUGUUUGAUUUCAUGACAUUAGGAGCCAUUAUUGACGGCAAGGUGCUGUGUGUGCAUGGCGGUCUGAGCCCUGAGAUUCGCACGUUGGACCAAGUCCGCGUGGUAGCCCGCGCACAGGAGAUUCCCCACGAAGGUGCCUUUUGUGAUCUCGUGUGGUCUGACCCAGACGAUGUGGAGACAUGGGCAGUCAGUCCUCGAGGAGCAGGGUGGUUAUUCGGAGACAGAGUGGCCGAUGAGUUCUGUCAUGUCAAUGAUCUCUCGUUGAUUGCACGCGCUCAUCAGCUGGUCAACGAGGGCUACAAAUACCACUUCAACAACCAAAAUGUCGUCACCGUGUGGAGUGCACCAAAUUACUGCUACCGAUGCGGGAAUCUGGCCUCGGUCUGUGAUAUUGGAGAGGAUCUCAAACCCUCUUUCAAGCUAUUUAGUGCAGUCAGCGAUGACCAGCGACAUGUUCCAACUUCACGGCCAGGACGCAGCGAGUACUUUUUGUAA